AUGGGAAUGAAGAAGGCUUCAAUUGCGUACUAUUUCACAGAGAAAUACUACCAUCAAACCAUACUGACCACUGUGGAGCAUUUAAAAAUGUACAAUGCUGAUCCUGUUCUGCUGUUUUUCAAAGCCCAUGGAAUUUUGAUGGAAGGUCGUGUUCAAGAGGCUAUGAGAGAGCUGGAGCAAGUAAGGGACAAAUCAGAUGUCUCGUUGUGCUCUAUCAUGGCUCUUAUCUAUGCACACAGACAGUGUGAAACUGUUGAUCGAGAUGCUGUGGAAGAGCUGGAUUCUCAGCUGAAGUUGAAUCGGAAGACUGCUGGAGACAAAGCCCUCUAUUAUGCAGCCAUGUUCCUUUGGCUAAUGGGCCGUGGUGACAAGGCCAAGGACUACAUUGACAGAAUGCUGAAGAUGUCCAGUUCUUCAAAAGAGGGGCUAAUUCUGAAGGGAUGGAUUGAGCUCAGUUCUGAGAUUGAGCAAAACAGAAACAAGGCUAUCCGAUACUUCGAGAGUGGGCUGCAGGACUCCAAGUGUGUAUUUGGUCUGAUGGGAAAGGUGAAAUACUUCAUGAGGAAACAGAACUUUUCUGGUGCCCUCGAGGAAGUGAACCAGAUUAUUGCUUCCCAGCCUGAUUUCCUGCCAGCUCUGACCAUCAAGAUGAAUCUGUUUCUGGCCCAACAAGACUGGGAACAGACCCUUGAUGCUGCUUCCCGAUGUUUGAAACAAGAUGGGCGUGAUUUGAAGGCUCUUCAGAUAAUGGUGAUCCAUGCGAUAGUGAAAGACGGUGACCUAAUCAAGGCACAGGAGCAUCUUCAAGCACUUCUCGGUGCCUUGGAGAUUACAGAGCCAUGCACACCAGGGCUUCAUGUCAAUUUUACAAAGGCAAUCAGCAGAUUGUGUGGAAACCACUCAGAAAUCCUGCAGACUUUGUGCCAGUUUGUGGAGCGUGCCUUUGCCAAGUGUCCAGCCGAUGCUGAUAUAGCCAAUGAAGUUGGCUACCUGCUUAUCCUUCAAAACAAGUAUAAAGAUGCUGCAAGAUGGUAUUCCAAUGCCAUUAAACUGGAUGGAAGCAGUGUGACAGCCCUGGCAGGUGUAAUCCAUUGCCAGCUGUUGCAGGGGCAGCUUGAAGAGGCAGCACAACAGUUGGAGUUCCUGGGAGAAAUUCAGCAGUCCAUUGGCCAGUCAGUGGAGCUGGCCUUUAUCCAAGGCAUGUUAGCCUGCAAGAGAGGAGAAAACCAGGCAGUUGUGAGCGUUCUCCUGAAGGAGGCUGCUGAGCUUCAUUUCUCCGCCAUCCAGGGACUGCCUCUAGGCGUGGAGUACUUUGAGAAACUCAAUCCCACCUUCCUUUUUGAUGUGGUGAAGACAAACCUGGCUGUUUGUCAGCCUCGUACUGUUGGUCAACCGUUGUCAUUCGGGCUGAUGCACUCUGCCAUGAUCUUAGAGCCUGUGGUCAGAACCGCUCCUGGAAUUUUACCUGGAGCCUACCUCAUGGCCAAGGUGAAAUCUAUGUCAGGCGACUUCACGUCUGCUCAGGUUUUUAUAACACGCUGCUUGGAGCUGGACCCAACAGUUGCAGAUGUCCACCUACUCCAAGCACAUAUUUACCUCUCUGUGGAAGAGUUCAAGAAGUGCCUACAGUCCCUGGAGACAGGGGUGAGCCACAACUUUCAGGUACGGGAGCUACCUCAGUAUCACUUGAUCAAAGCUCGGGCCUUGAAGAAGAUGGGGGAGCAUGCAGAAGCCACCCAGACCCUGAAAAUGGUGAUGAGUCUUCCUGGAAUGAGAAGAGAGACGAAGGGGAAGGAGGCGUCUAUCAGCAAUAGUGACCGAGUGUCAGCAUACUUGGAGCUGGCUGAGGCACUGCGGCUGAAUGGGGAACAGCAUGAAGCUACAAAGGUAAUGCAGGAUGCCAUUUUGAACUUCACCGGGACGCCAGAGGAGAUCCAGGUCACGCUGGCCAAUGUGGACCUGGCUCUGGCCAAAGAGGACAUUGAUACAGCUCUGACUGUACUGCGCGGUAUCACCCCCGACCAGCAGCAUUACGCAGAGGCCAAACAAAAGAUAGCCAAAAUAUACCUGGAGAAAAGAAAGGACAGACAACUGUACAUUGGAUGCUACAGGGAACUAUGUGAGGAUGUGCCCGGGCCACACUCUAGUGUUCUACUGGGUGAUGCAUACAUGAGAAUCGAAGAGCCAGAAAAGGCCAUUGAGGUUUAUCAGGCAGCACUGAAAAAGACUGGCAGAGAUGGAAACUUGGCAAGAAAGAUUGGGCAAGCAUUUGUAAAGACUCAUCAGUACAACCAAGCAAUUAACUAUUACGAAGCUGCCCUUAAGAUCAGUGGACAGGAUUUCCUGCGUAACGACUUGGCCGAGCUUCUUCUGAAAAUGAAACAAUAUGAGAAAGCCACAAAAAUUCUCAACCAAGCCUUGGACCAUGACCCAGCAACUGACUUGUCAACCAUGAUGAAUGAUGUAAAGUACUUGCUCUUACUGUCUAAAAUUGACAAGAGGUGUGGAUCUAUUUCCAUGGACACAUUGGAGAAGAUCUUGUGUGUGACAUUGGUUGCUUCCUGAAAGGCCUACAAUAUUCAGAUGAGGGUUAUGAGGCGUCUCCCACUGGAGCAGCCGGAAGAUUUUCAGGAGCAAAAGAUGGUGGCGGCGUCCAUCUGCCAUCAGAUCGGCCAGCUGUGGCGCUCGCAGCGGGAGUAUGAUAAGGCCAAGAAGUCCUACAAAGAAGCCCUGUCAUACUGUGAUGAAGACCAAAAGAUAAUACUCGAGUUGGCUCAUUUACGCCUGGAGCAGGGCAACAUGGAGUCCUGUUAUCAGCAGUGCGAGGUGUUGCUAAAGAACCAGGAUUACAAUGGAGAGGCAGCAAUGCUGAUGGCUGAUCUGUUGUUUCGAAGAAGAGACUAUAAUGGUGCAAUCCAGCAAUUUACACAACUAAUAGAGCGAACCCCAGACAACUACUUUGUUUUGGCCAAGUUUAUAAACUUGUUGAGAAGAACUGGAAAGCUUGAUGAUGCACCAGCCUACUUUGAAAGGUGUACAAAACACUGUCCCAGGGCCACCAUGGAGCCAGGAUAUAACUUCUGCAAGGGCCUGUACUGUUGGCACAUGGGACAGGUAAAUGAAGCUUUGAUGCACUUCAACAAGGCCCGGAGAGACACAGACUGGAGCGAAGGGGCAGUACACCACAUGAUCGAGAUCUGUCUCAACCCAGACUGCGACACCGUCGGGGGGGAGCUGUUUGAGGUAGCUCAGGAGGAUCAUUGUAUCAAUGGCAGAAGGGAGUCCGAGCCCUUGGGAGUGAGCACGGCUCAGAACCUGCUGAAGGAGUACCAUCCCCGCACCAAAGAAGGGGAGGAGAAAGCCCUGCUGCUUUACAACCGCUGUCUGAUGGCUACCAAAGAGCCCAAACAAGUGGAGAGGGCUCUGGCUGCUUUCACUGAAAUGGCCUCUUCACUGGAGAACAAUGUGCCAUAUCUUCUGGCAAUGGCCCAGGCCUUUAUGAUCCUCAGACAGGCGCCCAGGGCCAGGAACCAGCUGAAGAGACUCUCGAAGGCGGAGUGGAGCGAGGGCAACGCAGAGGAGCUGGAGAGAAGCUGGCUUCUCCUGGCUGACAUUUACAUCAAGUCCGGAAAAUAUGACAUCGCUACGGAGCUCUUGAAGCGCUGCCUCCUCUACAACAAGUCUUGUAGUAAAGCGUUUGAGUAUUUGGGAUUUGUCAUGGAGAAUGAGCAGUCCUAUAAAGAUGCUAUAGGUUACUAUGAGCAAGCCUGGAAGUAUACCAACAGGGUGAACCCAGCAAUGGGUUUCAGACUUGCCUUCAAUUACCUGAAAUUCAAGAGAUUCACAGAGGCAAUAGAUGUUUGCCGUAAGGUUCUGACUGAGCACCCUGGUUACCCACUCAUCCAGAGAGAAAUCCUGGAGAGGGCCCAGCUGGCUCUGAGGCCUUAGAGCUGAGAAGGAGGUCCAAACAUUGGCUUACUGUUC